AAGACGACGGUACAAACGAUUGGUGAAUAUUUGAUGAUGCUGCGAAGCAAUGAUUGUAGCAUUGUAUGCGUUCAUCAUAACAACGGAAAUAUGCAUAAUAUGGCUGACAAAUUGUUGAACUUGUAGCAUAUGUGUUGAUUUUAUAUUAACAACUGUAAUGUAAGUACUUAGUUUUUAACUCUUCGCCAAAGAAUACGUGCAUUCGUAUCACUCGUGUUCAUUGUGUUUGAAUUGUGUUGCGGCCUACAAACAACGUAUGGGAAUGUAGCGUAACUCAUUGCAUUUUGCAACCUAUCCGAAGAACAUUGCUGCCACAAAAGCGGUUGAGCAAUGGAGGGAGAUAAUCCUUCAGAGGAGGUUUUAUCGCAGAAGAAAAGCUCCUUAGAUGACAUAAUCGACCACAUAACGGCUGACUUACAAAGUUACGAUGGGAAGUAUAUAUUACUAGGUCAACCGUCGAACUCGGAAACGCAGUCAAUUUGGCAGCAACGUGUUACACGGCAGCCAGAAAAUCUAAACUAUGUGCAGAAUCCUUAUCAAGAGCAACAACAGUCCAGAAUUAAUCAUCUAGAUUCGAAUCUAUUUUACUCUUCGAAUUCGUACGUAGAGAAUUCGUGCAAUAACUACGUACCUUACGUGUUCCCUAAUUCGAAUCAGUAUCAGAACACCAGCAACGAUUCGCAUUAUAAUUACAUUUAUUAUCAACAAAAUUCUAAUCAUUCUACCGAUUACGGACUGUUCGGAUCGUCUAACAAUUAUCAGAACCAUCAUCUUAUCGAGAACUUGGUCGGAAAUUGGGUGCCUAAUCAAAACGGCACGUAUAGCCCGUUCGGUAACACUUCGCUUGGCAUCGAAACUAGAAACGACUCUAAUGUAGGACUACAACAUCAGUCGCCUCAAUCUCAACAUGCCAACACCUCGAACUCCAAUGCGUUUUCAAAACUGGGCAAUAGCGCUGUCCGGCGCCCUAGGAUGGUAGCGGAGGUUCGUCCAAUGAGACCAUCGUAUUCUGAUGUACUUGCCAAAUCAGUCACUCAGUGUACUCCUAAUGCUGUCAAUGGCUCAACGAAUAAAUCCGCCGCCUCAUCUAAGGUCGACUCUACUAGGACUAAAACUGCGAAAAAUAAGAAAGGUAACAACGUAACGAAAAAUGGUGGCCCUGUUUUGAAACGUCAACAUUCAUCCGGAAGCGAAGAGCAGAUGUUGAACGGUGUUAGGCAGCAAGUUGAUAAGAAAGUCACCUCGACCAAUGAAAACCAUUCUUGGUCUUCGCUAGAAGACUUGACUAAAUUCCCAGCGUACAAUGAUUUCGAAAAAGAGAACCCAUCCGAAAGAUCGCCUUUGUCUAAUCUAAACAACAAGAAAGGAAAUCGUAAAGUAAAACCGGUUCGUCAAAAUGAAAAUUCAACCGAAACGUGGAAUAACAAGAAAGUUAACGAAAAUCAGAACGAUAGCCGUAAGAAUGUUCGUAAAGGCAUCCAGAUAAAUAACAAUCUUCAGUGGGGAGUAGGCAAACAGACCCCUUCGCCGGUUCGUAAUGAUAAAAAGAUCAACAAAAGUACGCCGAAUAAUGAAGUCAAGAAAGCCAACAGCUCCAAUAAAAAUAUCAAUCAAGCUGCCGAAUGUGUCGGAGUGUCGAAGACCACUGCGAGUAGUAAAAUUAAUACGCGUUUCAACGAGGCUCCUAUUAAUCAACGUAAACUGCAGAGCAGGACGAAACGACGCGAAGGCACAUCUAAAAUUGCACUAGUCUGGAAACGAUGGAGGGAAAAGACCUCGCAAUAUUUGAUAUUAUUUUUCACUUGGUUCUUGAAUCUGCUAUGGGACGUGUUAGUGAUGAGUUUCCAUCUAUGUUUCUACUUGUUGGGCGUCAUAGUGAGUUGCAGCGGAGCGUGGUUCAGCACGGUAAAAUCGUUGCUUAAAAACUUAUGCACGAAUCCGCGUAACUGGUGGCAUCAGCGAAAGAAAAACGGCAAACAGUCUUCCUCGAAAAAAUCAUAUUCUAAUCGAUCUGAUAACUCGCACGGUAACUUAACGUCGAACAUAUCUUUACCGCAGACUGGCGAAGAAGCUAUGAAACGAUUAUUCGCUUGUAAGGGUAAAGAUCCAUACAGUAUUCUAGGUGUAACGAAAAACUGUCCGGAUGAAGUGAUUAAAAAAUAUUACAAAAGACAAGCCGUUCUGGUACAUCCCGAUAAAAAUAAUCAACCCGGAGCCGAAGAAGCUUUCAAGAUACUGGUGCACGCGUUCGAAUUGAUCGGCGAACCUGAACGACGAAAAGCAUACGAUCGAUGUGUAAUGGAAUCUGUCGAAGAAGAAUGGGAAGAAUUGAGUAACCUGAUAUCUCAGUUGCACAAAAAAAUGGAAUACGCUGCGAAUACUAUUAGGUGUACUAAUUGUGGAAACAGGCACAAACGUUCGAUGGUGGAAAGACCUUUGUACGCUGCUCGAUUCUGUUCUCAAUGCAAAAUUCAUCAUUCUGCCAGAGAGGGAGACAUAUGGGCCGAAAGUUCGAUGAUGGGUUGGCUUUGGAGAUACUACGCGUGUAUGGACGGUGCAGUAUACGAUAUAUCCGAUUGGGCUGCUUGUCAGGCUGAUAAUUUACGCCAUUUGAAGCCGAACACUCACGUGGUGCAGUACAGAAUCGUCGUCGGAAAACACAGACCUAAUCCUCCUCCUACUUCUACUCCGCAACCGCCUCCUCCUCCGCCAAACUGCAGUGAACAAGAUUUAGAAGAUUUCCUGAGUUCGUUGUACGGACACGGUAACGGUGGCACGGCGAAUAGCGACCAGUGUAAUAACCGGUUUCGAAAAAAGAGCAAAAGGAAGAAAUAAUGCAACUUUUUCUCGUCUCUGAAUUUCGAUGAAAUCUCGCCGUCGUUACACCCUGUGAUACGUCAGCUUGCGCCUGAUCUUUCGUUCAUACUUUUUUUUUCCGCCAGGACAUUGCAUUUCUAAGUGUUUUUAAUUUUUUUUUUCGUUCUUUCAGUUUCUCCUUUUUUUUUUGUUUUCCGUUCUGUAUCCUAUUUUAUGUCAUCCUAUCAUCUUCUUCCUCCGCCGCAUUGAAAAUUCUAAUACUCACAAUGAUCCUAACCUAGAUGUAUGAGAUUUUAUGUACUUAACGCUUUUUUUUUCUUUCAGUUUUUCAUUGUUGAUCGCAUAAAUCGCUUUUGUUUUUUCCUUAUUUUUUUUUUAUCGUAACUACACUUUUGUUUCGUCGUUUUUAUCGUUUAUUUUAUUAUUUUUUUUGUCGUAUUCAUCCUUCUAUUUUUUUUUCCUACGUCAUACAAAAAGUAACAAGACAACUGAUCACAUCGUAAGCAUUAAAAUUACAUUUAAGUUGCUUUUUUAUUGUGUGUUAUUUUUUUUUUAUUUUUUAUUUGUCGAAAGCAUUUUAACGAAGAUUAUAAAACUACUACGCAGACCGCAUUCGUAGUCUAGCGAAGGAGUGUUUUAAUUUUUUUUUUUUUUUGAUUUACUAAAAUACAUGGAUUUGUGUUGUGAA